AUGCUAGCACGGCGUUUAUCUUCCAGACACAUAGCUGCAGCAGCAGCAGUUGUCCUGGUGAUCUUGAUGCUUUACUAUAAUGUCCUACCAGACAAGGAUGCCACUGUUUCUCGACUAUAUCCUCCGGUUAUUGACUCAGAGGGCCAAACCUCACCAGACGUCUGGCAGCGGCGAGCAGAGCAAGUUAAGCUUGCAUUCCUCCAUGCAUAUCGUGGUUAUGAACAACAUGCUUCUCCUCACGACGAGUUGCUCCCAUUAUCCAAUGGGACAAAAGACAAUUUCAACGGUUGGGGUGUCACAGCAUUCGAUUCGCUCGACACCAUGAUUUUGAUGGGACUCGACAACGAGUUCACCCGUGCACUCCUCCUUGUUGAGAAGGCUAGCUUCACUAUCAAACCGCGCGUGCUCUCCGAAGGCCGUGAACAGGAAACCUAUGCUCCUUUCUUUGAGACUGUCAUUCGUUAUCUUGGCGGACUAUUAUCGGCUUACGCCCUUUCACGCGAGCCAAUGCUUCUGAAGCGAGCUGACGAUCUUGCAAAUCUACUCUCUCCUGUAUUCAAUACGACUAGUGGACUUCCAUUCUUUGGCGUCAAUACCGUUAAUUUCGAUUUUCUGUGUCGGCAGGACUCGCCUACUUUGUUGCCACUAUUUGCGUUCGGCAUUCUUGCAGAGAUAGCAAGCUGCCAGCUGGAAUAUACCUAUCUUGCUCGAGCUACCGCAAAGAAGGAGCACUAUGAUAGAGCAAACAAGAUCAUGAAGAGCUUAGCAAGCGCUGAUGUCAGGAGAACAGGAGAUAUGUUUCCUAAACGAUGGAAUCUUACCUCCGGGCAACCGGCAGACGAAUCGUUAUCUGUUGGAGCAGCUGCGGACAGUGCCCACGAAUAUCUGCUUAAGCAGUAUCUCCUCACAGCGCGGAGCGAUCCGUCAAGUCUGCAGAUGUAUUUACGAACAAUCAACCAUAUACUGACCCAUCUCCUCUACAUCUCGGACACGCGAGGAUUAGUGUACGUCACCGAUACAAACACGGCUAGCUAUGUGCCCACCCAUAGAUUCGAGCAUCUUUCCUGCUUCUUCCCGGGUCUUCUGGCCCUCGGUGCGCACACACUUAACUUCUCACUCGCUGAUCUCGAUCCAAGUACGCUCGGACCGGAUGGGCUCCGCUCAUACGAGCUACUGAAGAAAUACGACUUACGUUCGCUACAUAUGUGGGCCGCGGAAGGUAUCGCGACGUCCUGUUGGCUGAUGUACGCCGAUCAGUCGUCGGGCCUGGGGCCUGAAGAGGUUACCAUGCGUCCUAGAACAGAUGAUUCUCACCAGUUGUCGACUAAGUUCACCGGUGGACCGAAAGGCGGACCCGUCGUGCAGGGAGGAUUGCUGUGGAUCGAUGAAAUGGAGCGGUGGCGGAAGAGUGGUGCACGAGGGGUACCUCCUGGACUGGGGGACAAACCAUCGAUGAAAUGGGUGCACGAUGUAAAGAGGCAGAAAUCCAGAGAUUACACUGCUAUAGAAUCAUUCUACAUUCUAUGGAGGACGACCGGAGAUCCGGUAUGGAGAGAGCGUGGAUGGGCUGUGUUUGAGGCUAUCGAGAGGGAAUCGAAGACCAUGUCAGGAUACGCCUCCAUCAGUAAUGUGGAACGUAGUCCUGCUCCUCUGAGGGAUGAUAUGCCAAGUUAUUUCCUUGCUGAAACAUUGAAGUAUCUGUAUCUUUUAUUUCACGAGGAAGACAUGUUACCUCUUGAUCGCUGGGUGUUCAACACGGAGGCUCAUCCGCUUCCUGUGUUUACAUGGGAGGCCUGGGAGAGAAAGAAGUUCGGUAUACCCAGCCCACCUUUGUAA